AUAUCGCGCAGGUGACACGCGCGUGACGCUCAGUAACCGGAUAUCCGGUUCACAGCAGGUUCAGAGAUUAGAUCAAUGAAAGAUAAGUGCUGAUGUUUGACUUGUUUUGCGAUAAAAGUUUAACUGCAUGUCGCGCAGAAAGUCUUAUUUUACCAGUAAAUUGUAUAAAAUGUGUUUUUGUUUCUGAUUGAGAGAUUUUUAGUCUUUAUUUGUUCACAGGUUCAGCGCGCGCGCGGUAACAUGGCCUCAGCAGAGCAGCUGAAAGGGCGCGAGGCGACUCAGAAAAGAUCUCCACUGGACCUGAUCAUGAACCAGUUCCGGAGGAGAACCUCCUUCACCGAGAGGAAGAAGCCGUCCAUGGGCCGUCUGUUCCGGCCGUCCGAGAGCAACGACAAGAAGAGCGAAGGGAUUCCUGAGGCGAAGGAGCCGGAGAUCAGUGAGGAGAAGGACAGCGUGAGACUCGCAGCAGAGAGCAGCGACGACUCGGAGAUCUCCUCUGUGGUGGGAUGGGGUCGCGUCAAGCAGUUCGUCCAGAAGCUCGGCAAAACUCCAGACAGCCAGAGUCUGAGUCUGAGCCACUGCGACCUCACAGCCACGGACGCCGUGGAGCUCGGAACCUUGCUGCCGUUCCUGACCCAGCUGGAGGUGAUGGAUCUCUCCUGGAACGAUCUGCUCGGAGGUUCUCUGAAAGCUCUGAGCGUCCACAUGCAGCACGUCAGCAAGCUGAAGGUCCUGAAACUGAGCGGCUGCAGACUCACGGCUCAAGACCUCGGAGCUCUGGGAGAGACUCUGCAUUAUGUUCCCUUGUUGGAGAUGUUGGAUUUGUCCUGGAAUGCUGGGAUUGGAGGAGGAAAUCUUCAUCUUCUAACCGAACAUCUCCACUCCACCAGCUCUCUGAGGGAGCUUCAUCUGCUCGACUGCCAGCUCUCAGAGACGGACAGCGUGGCACUGGCUGAGGCGCUUUUACUGUUGCCGUGUCUGGAGCUUUUGGAUUUGUCCAAUAACAAGCUGCUGUGGAGAGCGUUGGAGAACAUCAGCUCCUCUCUGAGCUCCACUCCACAGCUGAAGACUCUGAAGAUGAGCAAGUGUGGACUGAAUCAGGAAAGUCUCGCUAUCCUGGGAGAGAAAAUGAAAUUCCUCGUGGGUUUGGAGCAUCUGGACGUGUCGUGUAAUAAAGAGUGCGGAGGCGGUUUCGGCGCCAUGGCGUCCAGUUUGUCUUUCCUCACACACCUGAAAUGUUUGGACCUGCACAUGUGCUGUCUGACGGAGGAAGACGCUCAGACGCUGGUCCAGGUUGUUCCUGCUCUGAGCGAACUCUCUGAACUUGAUCUGUCUUGUAACAAAAGUAUUGGCGCCGCGGUCCAGUCUCUGUUCCCCGUCCUUCCCCGGUCCAAGAUGAAGAGGCUUCACCUGAGUAACUGCAGUCUGAGUCCUGAAGCCUGUCACGCUUUAGCUGCCGUCAUGCCGUCACUCUCACAGCUGCAGAGUCUCAGUUUGUCGUGGAAUAAAAGUGUUGGUGAAAAUCUGCAGCAGUUUGUGGAGCGUCUCCAUGUGGAGUGUAAACUGGAGGAACUGAAGCUGAGCAGCUGUGACCUGAACACCGACGACCUGCUGCACUUACAAUCGGCGUGUAAACGCGGCGCGCUGUCGAAUCUGAAGCUUUUGGACGUGUCGUAUAACGGGCGCGUGGGAGACGCCGGCUGGGUCUCGCUCUUCAGAGAAGCAGGAGGACUGAAGCAGCUGCAGGAGCUGGACGUCAGCCUGCGUCCUGACGCCUGUCUGUCUGCGUCUGCGUGGACGGCAGCGAUGACGGACGCUCUUCCUCAGCUGUCGUCGCUCCGGCGUGUGUCUAUGCAGCGCUGGACUCUCGGCUCGGAGGAGAGACAGAAACUGGAGAAGAGCCUGAAGAAGAGGAACGUCGUGCUGGAGAGUGAUGAAGUGAGCGUGCAGAACGUCGCAGGUUAACCUGUUUACUCUCACACUCUCGCAUUAUCACGGCUUAACGUGAAUCUACGCUACAGUAAAUUAACGCAUUUGUUCUAAAACGUUAAUGUUUCUAUAGUAACAAACAUAAUCUAAGUCUAAUAAUUAAUUCAUUUAUUAAAAAUAUGAUAUGGUGAUUUUUCUGUAAGGAGAUGUUUAUGUAACGUUUAUGGAAGGAGUCUCCAGUGUCAGCGCUUUGUAACAGUCAGAGGUAAAGCUGUAACUUCUUCAGGACAGACGAGUUUACGCUUCUUUGUGGUUUUCCGAUAACGUGUAACAACGUGCGUUUUUUUUUUUUUUUUUUUAUCUUCGGCUUAUUAACUUCAGGAUGAGGGAACGACUGUUUACAGCUGCUAUAACGUAAGUGACAACACUGUUAUUUCACAACUCUGAAUGGAUAAAAAUUACAAAGUGUUGUUCUGUAAUUAAUAAAAAUUGUAAUCAUUUGUAAAUCACUGUGGUAUAAGAGGAAUAAAACACUGGGGGAUGUGCUGUUAUAGGAAAAUAAUCAACUUUUUGGGGUAAAAGUAACUUUUUUCUCACUAUAACACUAUAACAGCACACACACAGUGUUUAUUACUUUGACAGGCUCACCGCAGGCGAGUCACGUGAUUUAGCCCCACGCUUGUGUUUAUUUACGGGAUGUUGAGGUCAUUAAGGCUGAAGCGCGAGCUGGUGUGAUGUGUUUAGAGUCAGAGCGGCGUUACUGGCGGCGCCUCCAUCCUCGCUGUAGCUCGGGGUCCAGUAAUAAUGGCGGCGUAACCCGUUGGACGCUUCGGCCAGGUGAAGGCGGCCGUCCGCUGCGUACGGCGUCACGUCCGUGUGCUGCGCCGACAGACGGCUCGAGGAGAUGAGCUGAGAGAAAGCCUGAGUGUGAGAGGAGAAUAAACACAGCGGUGUUUAUUAUUUACACAAAAAUAUCAUACAUGCAAAACAUUUCCUAUCUAACUAUAUCAUUUAUUUUAAAAUAAACUAUAAAUAUAUAUAUAUUUCAGUGAAAAACCAGUACACCAAGUUCCACCUGACUCAAAGCGUCUGAUUCUAUAGAUUUAACUACUUGAGUGAAAUCUCUUAAAAAAAAUUCUUCACAUUUUUCCAAAUAAUUUCUGAUUUGUGGGCGGAGCUACGCAUGCACUGAACUUGUGACAUCACUAAAUAAUCUCAUUAGCUUUGUACCAAUCAUGUCUUAUAUGCAAAUUACUGAUGACUGAUAAUGACAUGUUACUGAAAAAACAGUUACACGUGUGUGCUAACUUGUGUAAAGUCGCGGUUGUCAUGGCGACGUUGGUAUACUGUAUACUUGAACAGAUUUGCGGUGCGGUUAAAUAAACGAGGAUGUAAAUCAAGA